UCCCCAUCGCCUCCAUCUGAACGAACUUUAGCCCCAGGAACCCGGCACCAAGGGGCCUUGGGAGAAGCGACGCUGCGGGCAGGAUCUAAGAAGAAACACAGCCCGAUAUUCGAAGGGGACGCGAUUAAGGUGGCGGCCUGGGAUCGCCUAGGACGGGGGAGGCGUCUGCAGGCUACGAAGUUGGCCGGGCCGGAGCGGAGAUUUAAAGGCUGGAGCGCAGAGGCUCUUAAAGAGGCCAGGGCGAAUUCCCAUUCGGCGUCCACCUUAAAGCCAGCUCCGCGGCGCCACGGGUCGGACCCGGGUCUGAGCCACCAGCAACAUGGCCACCAGUGCCGUCCCCAGUGACAACCUCCCCACAUACAAGCUGGUGGUGGUGGGGGAUGGGGGCGUGGGCAAGAGCGCCCUCACCAUCCAGUUUUUCCAGAAGAUCUUUGUGCCUGACUACGACCCCACCAUCGAAGACUCCUACCUGAAACAUACUGAGAUUGACAAUCAGUGGGCCAUCUUGGACGUUCUGGACACAGCCGGGCAGGAGGAGUUCAGCGCCAUGCGGGAGCAGUACAUGCGCACGGGGGACGGCUUCCUCAUCGUCUUCUCAGUCACGGACAAGGCCAGCUUUGAGCACGUGGACCGCUUCCACCAGCUCAUCCUGCGCGUCAAGGACAGGGAGUCAUUCCCGAUGAUUCUCGUGGCCAACAAGGUUGAUUUGAUGCAUUUGAGGAAAAUCACCAGGGAGCAAGGAAAAGAAAUGGCGACCAAACACAAUAUCCCAUACAUUGAAACCAGUGCCAAGGACCCACCUCUCAACGUGGACAAAGCCUUCCACGACCUGGUUAGAGUAAUUAGGCAACAGAUUCCAGAAAAAAGCCAGAAGAAGAAGAAGAAAACCAAAUGGCGGGGAGACCGGGCCACAGGCACCCACAAACUGCAAUGCGUGAUAUUGUGAUGGCCCGAGGCCCUGGGCACAGUGACUGGGAACUGGCCAGCCCUCGGGACCCCUCCACUGCCUAACCGCACUGAAGACCAUUUCUAACCAUGACCCCUGGCCUGAGGACUUGGCACCGAAAGGGAGAGGGGGAGGCUGGGCUGGGAGGAGAAAGGGUCUGGCUUUGUUAGAAGGGCGUGGGCUUCCCCAGGUCUCAGCAGAGACCAGGUGGUGACGGUGCGCAGAGCAGCGUCCCAGCCCCUGUGGUGACUCCACCCGGUUCCUCCCUCUCUUGGUGGCUGUGUUGUUUCUUUGAACUACAUAGUGUGGGUUUGACGUGGAAGUGUUUCCUCCACGUACAAAAACAAGCCAUGCUCAAGCUCUCCCCACCCUGCCCCUCGUCCACAGUGUCUGAGCUUGGAUGUCUUUUCUAGAUUUUUAAAUUAUUUUAGUGAUUAUUAUUUUAUUAAAGGGGUCUGUGCCCACUGCCUGGUGAAGUUUCAAGUCUUCAGCAGACUUCUCGCAUAACAUGUCUGGAACAUCGUGGUGGUGGUUUUUUAGCUGAGUUUUCCCAGCUGUGCCAAAACUCAAUAUGAAAGUAGAGUGACUGAGAGACCGGAAGUUCAUGGCGACUGUGGCUGGAGGCCUAGGGAGAAGCGGACCCUACUCGCGGCUUAUAAACUGGGGAGAAGAGAGCUGUGUUCCCCCAGAAGAUUUGACUGUGGUUGAGAAUACAGAUAUUAGGAAAUGGAAUUCUAUUUUGUUGAGGGGAGAGGCUGGCAUGACAGUUUUAAAAGGGCUUCUCAUUACCCUGGAAAUGUAUAAAUUAAGUCCGUUGGUAGGUGUUGCAAAAGUGUUCAUUCAUUUUUUAGGUGGUGUGGGCUAAGUUCUGUGUUCUUCGCAGCCCUGUGAGGGCUUUCAAACAUCAUCUGGCCUGCCUGGUGCCUCUGAUACAAACACACCGCCAAGGCUUGUAUGUUUUCCGUGUCAAAGUAAGCUAAUUUUUACAUCAUCUGGAAAACUCCAGUAAGUGCUAAAUCUUAACCAAAAAUGAUCCAAUACUGUUCUUACUAAAACAGCACCAAGACCUGAAGCCAUUUGCCCUUUGAGUCAACCGACUGUCACUUCUGAAGCCCAGUAAAUGAGCAAAACCCCUUUAAGCAUUUGCAGACUUAGUAUUAGGUUGCCUUUCUAGGACAAAUUUUUAUUAACCUCCUGGAUCUUAACUAUCUUAACUAUACACUAUAAUUGGAGGAGAAAGUAAGGUUGGGGUGAUGACAUGGCUCCCACACACCCGUUUCUAUGAGGGGACCGUCCCCCAGCUCCCUGGCGAUGACCCCCUCCCUCUCAGGUGCUGCUGGUGCGAGCUAGACUGGGGCCAGGUGGAGGGGCAGCUCCACUCCCGACCCCGAGAGGAGCUCCAGAUGUUACAAAUCAGCUACCAAGCAAACUAGGAGACCCCCAGUGGGUGGCUUGGCGCCAUUUGGAGAAGGAAACCUGGGGAAAGUGAGCACCUAAUUGGAUGGUGAGACACCUGGCUUCUUCUCAGGUUUUGAAAGUGUACUGAGUUCCUAACUCAGCAAGAUCGCCAGCACCGAGGGGCCCAGCCAAAGAGUGAUUUUGCUGCAGAACAAGACAGUUGGAACUUUUGCUUGUUGAAAAAUCAAACCUCUUUAUUUGUCUAAAUGGCCCUUUUGUAUCUAACCCUAAAAGGAAAGGUAACAAAGAACAUUCCAGAUCAGGCACUUCCGAGCUUCCCAAGAUCAUGUUAAUGGACCUUCAAAACACUAACAGAACAAGGCUUUUUUCCAACCCUAAUGCUCCUCUGAGCCACACCCCAGCAGCCAUGGCGCAGUUGGGUGGCAGCUGCAGACUGGAGACGAGGAAAAGGCAAGACAGACAGGAAGAAGGAAGUAUGGAGAUGCGGUGCUGGAGGAAGUGGUGGAGCGAGACCGGAAGCCCUGCACACAGGGUAGCAUCCACUGCUGGAAAUCUCCCGGGCACGGACCCCUGCCCACCGUGGAGCCUGCAUCUCCCUCAGGGCACUGAGCGGGUUGGGGGUCUUGCUGGAUGCAGAUCAGUUGAUCUAGAAUGAAGCCCUGAGCCAUGAAGGUAACCAGACAAAUGGAUUCCAGCUGCUCCCAGGCUCUCCCCUCAAUAAGGCUGUGUAUCUGCCCUGGCCCCAGCCCCAGCUUCCAGGGCAUCUAGCCUGCACUCAGCCCACAAUGCCUGGGGGAGAAACUAAGUAGGGAAUGGCCUUCUGCAGCCUCUGCUGUUGAGCUGAUGAUCAGCCUUCAUCUCCCAUGACCUCAUUUAGCCCAGAGGUGACAGGGGUAAAUAACACUUUUAAAAGACGGUUCUUUGCAUUUUAGAGAACCCUGGGCCCUUGUGGCAGUGGCGGCUUCCAGAGAGGCCAGAGUGGAGUAUACCCUGGGGUAUCCCCAGGACAUGGUCACCUGGCAGGAUCAGUCUGGAAAACCAGUUGGCCAUGCUACUUCCUGAAUGAGGAAUCCAGUGAGACUUGUGUCUUGGAUGACAUUCUGGUGUUCCCACUGGUUUUCCAUCUGAAUAGUGCUACCUUCACAUCCACUGGAGCACACCCUUCCUGAAGUCCCCACAUUCCAUGCCUUUGCCACUGUGUGCCCUCAGAUUUCUUUCUAGUGUUCUGCCUCCCCCUCCCCCACUUAGAGGGCUCCUUUUCUCUCCAGCAGGUAAUCCCAGCCAUCCUUCCUACCCCCACAGCCUGGAGUGAUGGCCACUCUGCCUCACAGGGGACACUUGGAUGGUUUCUGUUAGGACUUUGCCCCUUACCUUCUUGUGGAGAGUACCUGGUAGCCUAGUGUGGCCUGUCUCACUUUCCCAGGAGACAUGAUCCACUAACACGUGGCAGCUCUAACCCGAAGGCCCCUCAGAUGUGGUACAGUAAAUCUGGAGCCAGAGACGGGUCACCUCCAUUAGCAGCCCCUUGAAUUAGAAAUUCCACGUUGGAUUUACUUAAAAUGAAAGAUACUUGAAUCACUGAGCACCUGUGAGCCCUCAGCCUCUGUUCCACAGUGUCCGCCAUUGUCUACACAGGUGGCUGUUGUCAUGAAACGAGAGUGAUGCCCGAAGAUCCCAAUGAUGCUUGAGCCUUUUAUGUAACUUUUAUUAAGUCUUUGUGUAUCUCAACUCAUUAAUAAAAGAAGAGGAACACU